GUAGGUUAGCGCGAGCUUUGGCCACCAGCAAGCGCAAUAUCGAGACAAGGAUCGAGGCGGGGUUGACUAGCGCGACAAGCCCGUGCAGGGGGCAAGGGCCAACGGUCGGGAGAUGGCAGAGCGGUUCGGACAAGGCCGCACAAACACUGAACGAGAAAAACGACGGCUCACCGACACACGAAGCUAUCACCUCCCAGUUGGGCAUUCCGUCGAGCAUCGGAUAAGCGACGCACGGAACAGUACUGUCUUCUCUAUUCCCAGCUCGAUAUCGAGGAUCCACCGACUGCAAGUACCUACACUACUCCUGCGCAUCCGAGACAACGGCCAGGCGAGGUUGAGUCCCCAACGGCGACCCAGGGCGCGGUCUAGCGAGCAGAGAGCUAGGAGCAGCGCCGCGGCUGGCGAGUCUCGACGGGGUCAACGGCGCGAUAGCGCCCACGGUCGGAGAAAGCACCGGAGAAGCUGAGCAGCGGCGAGCUGAGGGGCGCGACAGGGAAGCUUCGACGGCGGACAUGGAAGUAGGGCGCGGCCAGGCGAGCACAAAGCUGCGCGAGGAAACAGAGCGUGCGCAGGGCGACGGGCACCGCGGCACGUCAGGGAGCCGGACGCGGCACACAAGGAGAUCCACGGCUGGAAAAACGCCGGCCAGCAGAGAAGUAGAGGUGAGGGCGCACCAUGGACAGAGAAGGCAGUGCGCACCCACGGAACAAGCAGAUGCGAGCGUGUAGCGUCCGAUGGGUGAGCGACUGGAGCAGGGCGCGGCUGAGGAAUGGGCAAAGGCCAAGCUGGGGCACCGCAGCGCCAGAGAGGACGCGCAGGGAGAUGAACGCCGCGAGGGAACUCCGCGAGCUGGGGCAGGCCGUGCGCAAGGAAGAAGGCCAGAGGCCGGGCGAACUGCUCGGCAAAGAGGAGCUUGGGCGCGAGAUGCGCGCCAUGGAACUUGGGGCAGUCGGCCGUGCUAGCAGAGGGAGGAGCUGGAGGGUGUUCGACGGAAAAAGCGGUGGCCGUCGCUGGGCAUCAGAGAGACGCGCACAGGGACGAGCUGGAGUCAGGGAGCUCGACGCGGCCCGGGCACGACUCGCCGGACGAGCAGGGAGGUGGGCGCGCGCGGGAGCUGGAGCAACGCGCGCCAAGGACCGAGCUCCGCUGGACGCGGCGAGCAGGGCCGAGCCAGGGACGGCGGAAGGGCGACUACUAGCAAGCUCAAAAGCCAUGGCCGACGAACUCCGGUGGGUGAAGCGACGAGCCUUCACGGCGAAGUGGAGGUCGAGCCCAUGUCAAGGAAAUAGAGAUCAGGGGCAAGCUCCAUAUGGAAGAGAUCAGGGGCGAGCUCCAAGAUAGGGAGAGGAACAACGGGCCUGGAGAUUCGACCUGGCUGGGAAGGGAGACGCCACGGUGAGGAGGCGAGGUCACGUGCUGGUAGAAGAAGCAAGGCGUCGAGCGAACUGAGUGAGAUGAGCGCGCAGCAAAAUAUCCCACGGAGUCGACGUCGCUGAAGGAAAAGGAACGUAGGAGAGCUGGAUUCCAAGAUUAGAACGAUGGCAAGGGAUAAGGAACGAGACGUAUG